AUGGGAAAUGUGGAAUCGUCGGCAGCACAUGGUGAGGGAACACGUAAGCAAGGAAAAUCGACACCGAAGCUUUACCGUUUUGUUGAUAUGUACGGUGGCGGUGAGUUAAUACCAUGGAUGAAAUACGCCAAAGAUACCGGUGAUUCGUCAAUUAUUGAUGAAUUUAUCGAGACAAAGUUGAAAGACUUUAUGUACAAUUCCGGAAGAGGUAAAAUGGUUUCUGUAGCUGAAUUGGUGAAAAUUCGGAAUAAAGAGCGAAAUGCAAUGCUUAGUGCUUUGAAGCGUAAGAAAGGUAAAGGAAAAAGUGGGCCUAAUAUUCUUGAUGAGUUUCGACAAGAAGGCGAGAAUCAGGGUGAUUUAAAAAAAGCUCUCAAAUUACUGGAAGGAGACGAUAAACGUGGAAAAUCUGAAUGGAAAUAUCGAGAAGUGACGUGGAAACUGGACGAGCGUGGUUUAAUGGGCGAGAAUCUUGUUGGUGUUUGUCUUCUGCAUGGAACGGCUAUUCAUAACCAACUUGCUAUCAAAUUAAUCAAAGCUUAUCCAAAGCUUGUUAAUGAUAUAUUCAUUAGCGAAGAUUACUAUGGUCUUUCACCUUUACAUCAAGCAAUAAUUAAUGAAGAUCCUGCUAUGGUACUAUUUCUACUUCGACAUGGUGCUGAUAUUAAUCAACGUUGUUACGGGGCGUUUUUUUGUCCUGAUGAUCAAAAAAGCAGUCGUACAGAUUCGCUGGAACAUGAAUAUGUUGAACUCAGCUUAAAAACUACUUAUAACGGUCGAAUGUAUUUUGGAGAAUAUCCGUUAUCAUUUGCCGCGUGCAUCAAUCAGACCGAUUGUUACCGUAUUUUAAUAGCAAAACGUGCUGAUCCAAACCGAAAAGAUACAAACGGUAACACAGUACUUCAUCUAGCUGUAAUUCAUGAGCAACCAGAAAUGUUAAAACUCUGUUACGACACAGGUGCCAAAUUACAAAUAAUGAACAAUCGAAAUUUGACACCGUUGACAUUGGCAGCUCAUUUAGCAAAAAAAGAGAUGUUUGAACAAAUUUUAAAACUGGAAGCAAACGUAAUCUGGUUAUACGGUGACGCAAGCAGCCAUGCUUAUCCACUUGCAAAAUUGGACACAAUUAAUCAGGAAACGGGUGAACUUAAUGAAGAUAGUGCUCUGUCAUUGAUCGUUUAUGGGGAAUCAACGAAACAUCUACAACUUCUCGAUGGCUUGUUGGGCGAUCUGUUACAAGUAAAAUGGGAAUCAUUCGGACGAACACGACUUGCUUUAUCAUUUGGUUGUUAUUUAUUUUUUUACAUUUGCACCUUUACCGCAUUCAUGUGUCGACCAUUUUCACUAACUGAUGAGAGCAUCGUCAUGAAUUAUCUUGACACUAUGGUUUUAUUCAAUAUUGAUAAUUCAUCACUUAAUAAUACUGAUGAUAACCAAACAAUGACAUCUUCAUUCGCAGCAAUAAAUUUGCUAAAGGACAGCAAAAUGGACUCUCAAAAUUUAGAGAGAUUAUUACAAAUUGAUUAUUCGUGCGGUCAUUGGUGGUACUUUGGACACGGGUGGCAACAAAAUCUUCGUUUAGUGGCUGAGGUUGCUGUACUUUUAAUGACCAUAUUUCAAGUUGUUGACGAUGUAAUGGACAUUCGUAGUACUGGAAGAAAACUAUGGUGGCGAAUACUGAAAUCAUUCCCGGCCAAGAUUGCGUACAAGAUAUCAUUUAUGCUAAUUUUGAUGAUAAUACCAUUUCGUUUGAUGUGCUCAUUGACCCCAGCAAUGCUUUUUUUUGACAAUGCACUUUCGUUGCUCGUCGUACUUCUGAUUAGUGUACAUUUCUUGUUUUAUUCAAGAGCUGUAAAAUUUAUCGGACCGUUCGUUUUGAUGAUAUAUACAAUCUUAUCGCGAGAUUUAAGCCGAUUUUUCCUUAUCUAUGCGAUUUUUCUAAUCGGUUUUUCUCAAGCAUUUUACAUUAUAUUUAUGUCAUGUAAUCGUCAGAAAGCUGAAUAUCAAAAUGCCACACUGUCAAAGGACACCGACGGUAUUAUGGAUCAUCCAAUGGAAGCAAUAAUGAGAAUAUUUAUCAUGACAAUUGGUGAAUUUAUGGUUUUUUAUCGCAAAAUGGUCACUUUGUGUGACCGAACAAUGAUGAUCUACAUUGGCAAGGCGAUGUUCAUUAUUUACGAAUUGUUUGUUAGCGUUAUGCAGCUUAACUUAUUAAUCGCAAUGAUGGGCAGGACGUAUGAUUUAAUAUCUGGAACUCAAACUGAGUGGAAACGACAGUGGGCACAAGUCAUUCUUAUGCUGGAGUUUUCAUUGAAUCCGAAAGCUCGUCUUAAUGCGUUGCUCAAAUAUUCACGACCAAUUGGUACUAAUAAACAAGAACGAGCAUUUGUCGUUGUGCGGAAAACGAGUGAUUCAUUAUCAGAAAUGGAGAAACAACUUCGUAAAAAACAGGAACAAUGCAUGCGUGAAAAGAAACGAGCCUUACUGAAAAGACGAUUAAAGGUUCUAGGAGAAUAG